GUUUUCACAGCGCUCGAGUGCGGUUCAGAUCGGUUUCCGAUUCGGAUUCGGUUUCGAUUUCGCUGUUUGCUGUUCGCUGUUCGCUUUUCGGUUCGCACACUUGCAGCUCCAUUCUAUGUGGGGAAAAAAAACACAAGAAGAAAUUCACAAAAAGGUGCCUAAUUUUGUUACACACUUUAACAUUCAGCCCAGCGGCUAGAAACCCUCAAACAAAAAAAAAAAAACGAUAAAGACACAAAAAAAAAUUAAAAAAUAAAAUAAGAAGAAGUAACCGAAACCGACAAGACAUUUCAAUCAAUCAAAAAGACUAGGCUAAACCUAAUCGAAAUUGUUAAUCGAAAAUUACACAAAAUGGAAGAAACUGUUAAGAAAUAAAGCCACAAGACCGAGCCGCCAAAAAGUGAGAGUUUUCCUCGUUCGUGCCCAUGUUCGAGCCCACACUACAUACGCCCACGACUGAAGAAAGGCAGUGAAAUAAAAAGAAAUCAACCGAAACAAAAGUGAAAAACAAUAAAGGCCAAGGAAAAUCACGGUGCAAUAAAAGUUUAACUCAAUAGCAAGAGAAAUAAUAUUUUCAAUUCGAGACGCCGCAAUAAAGAAAACAAAUAAAGCCCGAGGGAAAAAAAAUUAAGGCCCCAGCAACAAUUAAUUAAGAGUGCGGUGCAGUUAAACAAAACGAAAAAAAAACAAAAACAGAGCUAUCUCCAGUGUAUUUACAAAAGAGUUUUACGACUUCGCAGUGAAAUGCAUAUCAAUUAAACACCAAAUGCAUUGUUAAAUCAAAAAAGGAACAACACGCUAUAAUCGAAAAGAAAUUUUAGUUUAAAUUUGGUUUGCCAUCACCCGAGGAUUCGAUGUGUUUUAUUGACCAUGAAAACGAUGAAAAGUACGCGACUCUAAAAAAUACCUAUUUAAAAGUAAUUAACGAAAAUUCGCCAACUUGUGCGUGCAAAUAUUUCGAAUAAAAGUAAGAAGUAAAGAGAGUUCAAUUGUAAAUGGAAUAGCUGCCAAGUGAAUGAAAUGGCAAGGAGUGAAAAUCAAAUGUAAAAAUCCAGCAAAAGGUUUGCCGUUCCACAAAGAUAAUUAAACAUUAAACCGACUCUUUAAGAAAGGCGUUCAUUUUACAAUCGCAGCUAAAUAGCAAAUAGCCGAAACUGAACUGAGCUGAAAAACUAACAUGCGCCCGGCACGUUACCGAUGAAGCAAGCUACUUUAAUCAGACCCAGACUCAGACACAGCAGAAGAAGCACACCAACGGCAGCCACCACGAUGUGUCCCAAAAGCCAUUGGCUAGUCAACAACAGAGCAGCGGGCUCGCGAGGAUUGGGAGGAUCGGGAGGAUCAGGAGGAGCGGCGGCGCGGAGCAGGCGCAGUCUAGACCAAAUAGUAGAAGUAUUAGUAGCCUUAAUCGUAGUCAAUUGCCUGGCCACAGCAGCAGCGGCGCUGAUCACACCGCCCGACAGCCUCGAGUCACUGGGCUCCCUCGGCUCCCUGGGCAUCCCGUCAUCCUCCUUCGCCGCCUCCUCCUCCUCCGAGGACGACGAUGACAUGACUAGCGGCUUCUACCGCAGCCCGCACCGCCUGGAGGGCUAUCCGCAGUUGCAGCAGCUGCAGCGCGGCCACAACUUCAAGAUCAGCCCCAAGCCGUGCUCCUUUGGCCGCGUCGAGGGCACCUGCAUGUUCGUGUGGGAGUGCAUCAAGUCCGAGGGCAAGCACGUGGGCAUGUGCGUCGACUCCUUCAUGUUCGGCUCCUGCUGCACGCACAACUACACCGACAACAUCGUCCUGCCCCAGACGGCCUUCUCCUACACGAGGCCCACGAAGCCACUCACUCUCCGCCCGCGACCGCCGGCAGCGCCCUACAAGCCGAUGAUCAGCGGCAUGACCACCAUAGAGCGUCCUCACGGCGCUGGCACCCUUGUGAUUCGUCCUUCGGGUCCGCAGCACCAGGGCACACUGGCGCGCCCGCAUCCGCCGCCCUACCAGAGCAAGCCCACCACCGCCUCGGAUCUGCAGGGCGCAGCCUCGCAUCCCAGCUCCAGUUCCAGCUCCAGCUCCAGCUCUAGUUUGAAUCCCAAUAGCAUUUGGCAUACAUCGACCCAGCAGCAGCAGCAGCAGCAUCAGCAGAACCACUGGCAGAUGACCACCGAGCCGAGCUUUAUUACCAAGCCGCGACCCACCGGCUGGACCAAGCCUGGCAUCGUCAAUUUGCCAAUGCCCGCGCGACCCUCCAAGCCGUCGAAGCCCACAAAGAAACCGAUUGUCUACGAACGGACACCGCCGCCACCGCCGCCUCCGUCCGUCCCACCUUCCAUAUCCACAUCGACGACAUCAACGUCGCUGAUUUGGUCGGGCCAGACGCAUCCCCCCCAGCCGCAUCGCCCCACCAGGCCGCAGCUGUCGCCGGGCACAUCAUUAGCCGCAUCCUCGUCCUCGCAUUGGCCAUCGUCAACCACCUCAACGACAUCCACAUUCACAACCACGACAACAACCACACGACGCACAACCACACCGGCGACCACAACGAGGAGGACCACGACAAACAAGCCCACAAGGCCCUACCAGCGGCCCACCACGGCGAUCUCCAGCUCGAGCACCUCCACCACUUCGGGCAAGACUCCCACCACGUCCAGGCCGAUUAGCUCCAGCAGCUCCAGCAGCACCAGCGCAAUCGUCACCAGCAGCCAACGGCCAACGCAGCCAACGCAGCCUACGCACCGUCCGCCGGUCCUGGCCACCUCCGGCAUCGAGACCAACGAGAUAUCUGACUCCUCCAUCCCCGACGCCGGAGCUCUGGGCCAUGUGAAGACCAUUUCGGCGGCUCGCAGCGAGUGCGGAGUACCGACUUUGGCGCGGCCCGAGACGAGGAUCGUGGGCGGUAAGAGCGCGGCCUUCGGUCGUUGGCCCUGGCAGGUGUCGGUGCGGCGCACCUCCUUCUUUGGAUUCUCCAGCACCCACCGCUGCGGUGGCGCUUUGAUCAACGAGAACUGGAUAGCCACCGCCGGACAUUGCGUGGACGACCUGCUCAUCUCGCAGAUACGCAUCCGCGUGGGCGAGUACGACUUCUCGCAUGUGCAGGAACAGCUGCCCUACAUAGAGCGCGGGGUGGCCAAGAAGGUGGUGCAUCCCAAGUAUAGCUUCCUCACGUACGAGUACGACCUGGCGCUGGUCAAGCUGGAGCAGCCGCUCGAAUUCGCGCCGCAUGUCAGUCCCAUUUGCCUGCCCGAGACGGAGAGCCUUCUAAUUGGCAUGAACGCCACGGUCACCGGCUGGGGUCGUCUCAGCGAGGGCGGCACCCUGCCCUCCGUCCUCCAAGAGGUAUCCGUGCCGAUUGUAAGCAACGACAAUUGCAAAUCGAUGUUCAUGCGAGCCGGUCGCCAGGAGUUCAUUCCGGAUAUAUUCCUAUGUGCGGGCUAUGAAACGGGAGGGCAGGACUCCUGCCAGGGCGAUUCAGGAGGUCCACUGCAGGCCAAGUCGCAGGAUGGACGCUUCUUUCUGGCCGGGAUCAUCUCCUGGGGCAUUGGCUGUGCCGAGGCCAACUUGCCCGGUGUCUGUACGAGAAUCUCCAAGUUUACGCCGUGGAUACUGGAGCAUGUCAGAUGAUGAUCAGAAGAUACUGACGUUGGCAGAUCGACUUUUGUUAUUUGUUUUAAUUUAUCAGUUGUAGCUAUAAGUCUUGUGUGAUUUAACUUAAAGGAAUGUUAAGCGUAGUUAGCUUCAAUUUAACAAUUUUAACAGCAUAGACCUUGACUUGGCCUUGUGGGCCACUGCCACGCCCCUAUCCGCACUUAUACACUCACCCACUUACAUACGCACACAAACACACACACUCACACAAAAACACACACAGUCAACGCCCACUAAGUUAGUCUAGCGAAAUGUUAGCACCGUAAGUUGUCUAACAUGGAAAUCGGUCGGAUUUCGAAUAGGAUUAUCUAUUUGUACAUAGCCGAAGGGGUCGGGGGUUGGGGAGGGGGGAUUGGGAGUCAUUUGCAUGUCCACAAGUUGUUGGUAUUUUAGUGUAGCAAUUAACAAUUAACAAAAAAUUAACAAUUAACUAAAUCUAUAUUUAUUGUAAACAAAUGCAUGCAAACAUCCGAACGUUGUUUGUAUCUUGCCCAAAGAACAAGUCUAUCUAUAGCGAUGCGAAAGCUCGAGAGCAAUAAAAGAUUAAUGAAAA